AUGCAUUUAUUGCCCCUCCUCUCGCUCUCGGCCUUAACUGCCGCGGCCCUCACUUACCGCGGCGCCGACAUCUCCUCUCUUCUCGUCGAAGAGGACGCAGGCAAGACCUACAAAAACGCCAAUGGCGAGACACAAGCACUAGAGACAAUCCUGGCGAAAAAUGGCGUGAACUCGGUCCGACAGCGGAUAUGGGUGAACCCGAGCGACGGAUCGUACGAUCUGGACUAUAACGUGGAGUUGGCCAAGAGAGUCAAGGAUGCGGAGAUGGGUGUUUAUUUGGACUUGCAUUUGAGCGAUACAUGGGCGGAUCCGUCUGAUCAGACAACCCCCUCCGGCUGGUCAACAACAGAUAUCAACACCCUCGCCUGGCAAGUUUACAACUACACGCUAGACGUCUGCAACACCUUCGCCAGCAAAAACCUCGACAUCGAGAUAAUCUCCAUCGGUAACGAAAUCCGCAACGGCCUUCUCUGGCCACUUGGAAAGACUGAGAGCAGUGAUGGCUACUACAACAUCGCGCAGAUCCUGCACUCAGGUGCGUGGGGCGUGAAGGAUUCCGAUCUCAGCACAACGCCGAAGAUCAUGUUCCAUCUUGAUAACGGGUGGGAUUGGGAUUCGCAGAAGUAUUUCUAUGAUAGUGUGCUGGCCAACGAUAGCGCGUUGGAGUCGAGUGAUUUUGAUUUGAUUGGGGUGUCCUAUUACCCGUUUUACAACGCGGACGCGACGUUGUCGGCUUUGCAGAGCAGUCUGAAGAAUCUGCAGUCAUCGUACAACAAAGAUGUGGUGGUUGUUGAGACGGAUUGGCCCGUCACAUGCUCAAACCCGGAGUAUGAUUUCCCAUCGGAUGUAUCGUCGAUUGCGUUCUCUGUUGAUGGGCAACGGUCGUUUUUGGAGAAAUUGGCUAACACAAUCUCCACUGCCGGAGGUGUGGGAUUUUACUACUGGGAACCGGCGUGGAUUGAGAACGCUGGAUUAGGAUCAAGUUGCGAGGAUAAUCUCAUGGUGGAGCAGAAAGGACAAGUUAGGGGGAGUGUGAGUGCUUUUGGAGAUCUGUGA